AUGACCUCCCGGCUGCUAUGGGCGCCGUUCCGGCCGUUCCUGCCGGCCGACACGGCCUACCCGCUGCAGCUGCUCAAGGCGUACAGCGACCUGCGCGAGCGCGCCCCGGCCGAGGAGCGGCCCGACUCGGCGACGGCGGCCGAGGUGGCGCGGCCCGGCGAGCGGCUGCCGCCCCGGGUCAACGCCGACAGCAGCGGAUCGCCGCCCAAACCCAGCGACAGGACAGAGGACGCGAAGCCGACGUCGUGCGACAGCACGGAGCAGCUGACGGAGCGGUGCUCGCCGCCGCCUGCGGCCAAGCUGGCCGGCGACGGCGCUCUCAGCGCCGCCCAGGACCCGGGCAUCCGCCGCUACCGCACCGCCUUCCGGCCUGACCAGAUCAAACGGCUCGAGGCCGAGUUUCUCAAGGACAACUACGUCAGCCGGCCCAAGCGCAACGAGCUGGCCACGGAGCUGGGUCUGGCCGAAGGCACCAUCAAGGUGUGGUUCCAGAACCGGCGCAUGAAGCACAAGCGGCAGCAGAUGACGGCCUGGCCACUCGACCCGCGCUUCACCGACCCGGCGCUGGCCGCCAUGAUCCUGCAGGCGGCCGUCGCCUCCGGCACGUACCCGUACGGCGGCGUGGCCGGCCUGGCGGCGCCGCCGCUGCCCUACUACAGCCCGCUGGCCGGCUCUGCCAAGUGUCGCUUCUCACCGCGACACCCCUGCGAGGAGUCGCCGCCGAAGACGCGACACCCCUGCGAGAAGUCGCCGCCGAAGACGCGACACCCCUGCGAGGACUCACCGCUGGACAGGCGACACCCCUGCGAGGAGUCACCGCCGAAGACGCGACACCCCUACGAGGACUCACCGCUGGACAGGCGACACCCCUGCGAGGAGUCGCCGCCGAAGACGCGACACCCCUGCGAGAAGUCGCCGCCGAAGACGUGA